ACUGUCACUUUUGCUGAUGAAAUUAGCACCGAAAAUUAUGAGGCAUCUUAUACGAAACUAAAACAGUUUUGGUCUAAUAAAGGCAAAGGUUUAACUGAUCCUGUGAAGAAUGUUGAGGAUAAAUGGGAGUUGUUACCUGCCUUUUUAAAAGUCAAGGGACUGGUGAAACAGCAUAUCGAUUCUUUUAAUUACUUUGUUGAAACCGAAUUAAAAAAGAUCAUUCGCGCAAAUGAUAUGAUUACUUCGGACGUUGAUCCAGCUUUCUGGCUAAAAUAUCAUGAUAUAAGGAUCGGUCCACCAGAUCGGCCUGAUACCGAUCACGAAGCACAACAUAAUGUCUUCACGCCUCAUGAAUGUCGAUUACGUGAUUUAACUUAUUCAGGAAAUAUUUAUGUCGACGUGGAAUAUGUGCGUGGUAAAACAAGAGUUAUUCGUAAAGAUACAAUCAUCGGAAAAUUGCCUAUAAUGCUUCGAAGUUCAAAGUGCGUAUUAACUGGAAAAUCUGAAGCUGAAUUGGCUAAAAUGUUUGAAUGUCCAUUGGAUCCAGGCGGAUACUUUAUCAUAAAAGGAACUGAAAAAGUUAUACUUAUUCAGGAACAACUUUCAAAGAACCGUAUUAUAGUUGAAGGCGACAGAAAAGGUCUUGUACAAGCUUACGUGACAAGCUCAACCCACGAAAGAAAAAGUAAAACUUAUAUAGUUGCAAAGAAUGAUGCAAAAAAUGAUAAAAUCACAUUAAAACAUAAUUCAAUUUCUGAGGAAAUCCCAAUUGUGAUAGUAAUGAAGGCUAUGGGAAUUCAAUCUGAUAAAGAAAUAGCCCAAUUAAUUUCAGGAGGAAAUCAGACAUUUUUGAACAUGUUUUCCCCAAAUAUUGAAAUGUGCGCGAGCCUGAAUAUAUUUACACAGAAGCAAGCUUUAGAUUAUAUAGGAAGUAAGGUUAAAGUAACGAGGAAAAUUGCAAAUGUACGAAGACCUAUGGCCGAGGAAGCAUUGGAAAUCCUUUCAACUGUUGUACUUGCUCACGUUCCUGUAAAAGAUCUGAAUUUUCAGCCAAAAUGUAUUUACAUUGCUAUCAUGAUUCGACGCGUCUUAAUGGCUUUAGCAAAUGAGAACUUGGUAGAUGAUCGUGAUUAUGUUGGAAAUAAGCGAUUAGAACUUGCGGGUUCUUUACUAUCGCUUUUAUUUGAGGAUUUAUUUAAAAAGUUCAAUUUUGAUUUAAAGCUAAAUAUCGAUAAAUUAUUGAAGAAACCUAAUAGAGCAUCUGAAUUUGAUGCACAUAAACAAUUGAUGCAACAUGGCGACUGCAUAACGAACGGAUUCGUUCGUGCAAUUGCUACUGGAAAUUGGACAUUAAAACGAUUUAAAAUGGAGAGGGCUGGCAUUACACAUGUUCUUAGUAGGUUAAGCUAUAUUUCAGCAUUAGGAACAAUGACUAGAAUUACAUCACAGUAUGAAAAAACGCGAAAAAUAAGUGGCCCUCGUGCUCUUCAGCCGUCACAAUGGGGCAUGCUUUGUCCUGCUGAUACCCCCGAAGGUGAAGCUUGCGGGUUAGUAAAAAAUCUUGCUUUAAUGACGCAUAUCACAACUGACGAUGAAGAGGAGCCUUUAAAGAGACUUGCGUUUAAUCUUGGCGUCGAAGAUGUGAACGGUCUCACAGGUUCUGAACUCUAUCAACCAAAUGUUUAUAUGGUAUUUUUGAAUGGUCUCAUGCUCGGUAUUACGCGUCAACCUAUUGAUUUUGUCAAAGAUUUUCGAAUCUUACGCCGUUGUGGUAGGAUUUCAGAGUUUGUUAGCAUUUAUGUAAAUCAUCAUCAUGCAGCAGUUCAUAUUGCUUCAGAUGGUGGUCGUGUAUGUCGUCCCUUGAUUAUAGUGGAGAAUAGUACGCCAAAAGUGACUUCAGAGCAUAUUAAAAAAUUAAAACAAGACAAGAUGAAAUUUGCAGAUUUUUUGGCACAAGGACUUGUCGAAUAUUUAGAUGUAAAUGAAGAAAAUGACUCAAAUAUUGCUAUAUAUGAACGUGAAAUUGAUUAUCAAACUACACAUCUGGAAAUUGAACCAUUUACGAUUUUGGGCGCUGUAGCAG